AUUCGCGUCCCAUGGCCUUGCAUAUAAUACUCCCACACGUCUGCUCGGUCCUUCUAGAGGCGACAGUCGUAUAUGGAGCAACAACACACGAGAUGACUAAAAGCGUUGUGUCGUUGAUGAUGCCUCCACUUUUCCCCCCGCGGGCGGCCUGACUAUGUUUUUGUCUCAUCUUAGAUGUUAACGUGAUAGAAACAUCGAAGAGUGCGCAACGACGGACAUUCGGCUUCGUAUACAGUAUCCUCAAGACAGCUCCGUCCGAAAACUCGCGAGAUGUCGUACGAUCCGCCUCAAGAGACCUGGUCCGCCCCGACAUAUCAGCCCGGCGUAUGGGGUCAGGCCCCUAUCCAGCAAUACAACCCCGAGCCAGACUCUGAAACCGACUCGCAAGAGAUGCUGGCAGAUCAACUGGGCUAUAUGGAGCUCGAUGGUGAUAAAGAGGGGCAGGGCGAAGAGGAAUCGGAGGUUGCUGGAGAUUCUCCAGAGCCUGUGGAUGUUCCAGGAUUGCCAAAGAUCAGUAAGAAGAACACUGUGGAUGAACUGAGAGAGGCGCUCCAGAAGAUGGGGCUGAGUCCCAAAGGGAAGAAGGAGACUUUGUACCGACGGGCGCAGACAGCGGUUCAGGCCGCCGCCAUGGCUAUGGCCCCGCCUCCCGAAGACCCUUCCACACCCCUAUCCGACAGCGACAACCCUUGGGAAGUCGAGUUUCCCUCGGAAAGCGUGCUUGCAGCUCAUUUUGCCGAAAAGGAGAGACGAAGGGCAGAGAGACAGCAGAUGAAAGAGUCGGGGCAAAAGUUCAGGUCAUUCUUGUGUUUCGAUGUAGAGGCGACCUGUCGGGGAGGCAAAGAGUUUGACUGGCCAAACGAAAUCAUUGAAUUCCCAGUAGUACUGGUGAAAUGGGGAGAGCCAGAUGAGGAAGGCAAGAGGGUGCUGGAGAAAGUGGACACCUUCAGGUCAUAUGUGCGCCCGACUUGGCAGCCUGUAUUGACCGACUUUUGCAAAGCUCUUACUGGUAUCACGCAGGAGAUCGUGGAUGCCUCUCCAACCUUCCCAGAAGUCCUGAAAGAGUUGGAGGUUUGGCUAGAUAAAUGGGAUCUGCGUGGAGAGAAGGGGCUGAAGGAUGCGAUCUGGGUGACAGAUGGGCCUUGGGACUUGAGAGACUUUGUACCCAAACAGCUUCAUAUCACUCCUCCAAACCCAUAUCCCAACUUCUUCCACGGUCCAUAUCUCAACAUCAAACAUGGUGUCCAGUCCGUCAUGUCAGAGAUCAAUCGUCGACGUGUAUACGCCGACGCUCACCCUGACAAUGCAGCGAACGAGCGAGCGACCAUGCCAAUCACUACUUCCAGGCGAGGAGGCAAAUGGAGGCCAGGAGCCGGGGCUGAAGGGUACGGAGCAGCUGUUGCUCGAGCGUUCCGUUCUGAUGGAGCGAUACCCGUCACUGCCCCAUCCACUCCCACCAGAUCUGGUGCUCCUAAUGCUCCUGGUUCGCCGUCCACGCCAAAGGGACAGACUCCGCCCCGCCCCCGGACUGACUACUAUCUCAACAUUGCUGGCAUGUGUGAAGCUCUGGGACUGGGUGAUUUUGAAGGAAGGCAACACUCUGGUCUGGACGACGCAACGAAUAUUGCUAGAAUUCUGAUCAAGCUAUCCGAAAAGAACGUCAUUUUUGAAGCAAAUGGGCUGAUCGAACCCUCCCAUUCCGGUAAAAGAUAUGCCUGGAUGGGAGAAUCCGGCAAGGUGAUCUGGGAGGACUGGAUGUCAUCUCAAAAACCUCAGGAAGACCCCGUGCAGAAGAAAGAGCCGGACAAGCAGCGUAACAUAGAAGAGGCAAAGAGGCAGAAAGAAGAAGCCGACAGAAAGAAGGCAGAAAAGGAAGAGAGGAAGAAGCAGAUGGAAGAAGAACAUGCUGCGAAUCGUGCCGCAAAAGCCGCCGAGGCCGCCGCAAAAGACCAUACAGAAGAAAUUUGGGACGGCGAAGAGGGGUAUGACGAAGAUCAAGAGUACCAGGAGCAGCCCCGAGAUGAGGGACCUACAAACUCGUUGGUGUUUGUCCCAAGGGCAGUCUCGCGUGGGCAGCGGCGUUGAUCGGCUAAUCGAAUUCGCUCGCCAUAGAGUAAGGAGAUUCCAAGAAGGACACGAGGUGUCCAUUACCACAUUCACGACUGUAUACGACAUUCAUGCCUAAAUUGCUUAUCCCCCUGUAAUGACCAUGCAUCCCAUCAGCGCAGGGGCUUUGAAUGGGCGCGUAUCUGGAUGCCGCUGGCGCUUACAGGGCUCUCUGUAUGUGAGCGAUCCGACGCAAAAUUGCCGAGAGGAGUGAGAAACAGCCGACUGAUGUCUUUUCGCACAAGGCCGAAGAUAAGCCCACAUGUGCGAUAGGCGAAUCAGAUUUGAAGCGGGAAACUGUUCAGGGAGAUAUCUGGCACGCCGUUAUAUCAGCCCCACCUGGGAUGGCCAUAGGUUGAAGCAUAGUCAUGUCAGGGUCGGUGGCUCAGAGUCAGCAGUAAGGAGUGUCCGGCAUGUCCGAGAAGCCCACUGGACACGGUUCCUGUGCCUGAGAGUAGAUGAGAUCUCGCGCAGACGCGUUGAAAUUUCGGUUUGGC